GACUCCACAAUAAGUGCCCUUAGAAGGAAACCCCGUCAGACUACACUGUUGUUUUUAUGUCUAGUGUGGCAAGAGGAUUCACUGUUAAUAGCCAUUUUCCUGCUCACUGACAGAUUAUGAUGCACCCUGCUUUGGAUAAUAUUUCAUGAUAUUUCGAUCUGAUCAGAACUGAAGGGAAAUCUCAGACAUUGGCUACGUUUGCAUCGGACAGAUUUAUCCACGCCAUCAAAAGGUGUACUCAAACUAAUCCCGGUGUGUGUUACCCAGGAUAAUCUCCCUGAGUGUGUUCGUGGAGGGGCCGGUGUGUGCGGGGACGCAGUAGCCGCUGUGUGAGGCAGCGGAGGCGGGGAGGAGAGCCGCGCAGUCCCCGGUGGAUGACACGGGUAUGGAGAUGUUGCGCCGCUCCUCUGUGUUCGCGGCUGAAGUGUUUGACCGAUCACCCACCGACAAGGAGCUAGUGUCCCAGGCCAAAGCACUGUGCAGAGACUACAUCCAUUCCAGGCUGAACCGUGCCGGGAUAGGCUGGUCCAAACCCGAACACGGACUGGCUGCGUCAGGUGGGACACUGGGAGAGGUGUCCUCGGUCCUCCUGUGGCUGGGUGAUGAGUUGGAGUACCUUCGCCCCAAUGUUUACCGAAAUGUAGCUCGACAGCUCAACAUAACAGUGGCCUCAGAGAGCGUGGUGUCAGAUGCUUUCUUGGCUGUGGCUGCAGAUAUUUUCUCCACAGGUGUGACUUGGGGAAAGGUGGUUUCUUUGUACGCUGUGGCAGGAGGCUUGGCAGUGGACUGUGUACGCCAUGGUCACCCCGCUAUGGUCCAGACCAUAGUUGACUGCAUGGGGGAGUUUGUCCGCAAGAGUCUGACCUCCUGGUUAAGAAGGAGAGGAGGAUGGGUGGACGUUACGAAAUGUGUGGUGAACACUGACCCCAGCUUCCACUCUCAUUGGCUGGUCUGUGCUGUCUUUGCCUUUGGACAUUACCUGAAGGCCAUAGUGCUGUACCUUCUAAGAGACAAGUGACAGACAGAGUCGGUCACACACUGGAUUGUGAACAGACUGAGCAGCUCAGUGCACUACACCACUCUGCUAAAGCGCCCACUGCUAUGGAUUAUGUUUACACUCAAUUGCACUGAGCCUCCACUGAUGGACCACUACCACUACAUAGAGAACAGACCCUUCUCACUUCCUCUGCUUCCCUUGCACGUUUGUCUAUUUAUGAUUUAUAUGUGGCACAUGCUUGGUGUGAACUUAUAAAAUUGCUCACGGGAAUAUGCAACUUAAAUGCUUCUUUUUGGUUUCCAACAAAGAGCAGAAUUGUGUGUGUUGCUGUGUUUAACUGUGGUUUAGCUGCCUCUAGUGGUUUGAAAUGGUAAGUAUUUUGAUAAAGAGUUUGAAGAUAUUUGUCGGGAUCUUGAGGUCAUCCAUAUGAACUUGGUUUUGCAAUCAUAUGGAGUUUUCACCUGUACAGCACAUCUGGUUUAACCAACAAGUGCUUGCUAAAUGAGUGCAAGUGCAACUUAUUGGUUCUAACAAAGGGAUUGUGCAUAAAUUAUUAGGGUGUGAAAAGCUUCUUGAUUGAACCUUCUUCCCACCAAAAAAAAAUAACAUAUGAAUAAAUUAGUCCUUAUCCUUAGUCACAAUUGGUUUACUUUGUAGCAGGCAAUAUUAUGUUUAUUUCAGGGAUUUAUUAUUAGAAAUCAGGUAGGUUUAGUACCAGUAUUUCUAUAUAAAUAUAAAAAUCAACAGGAUCAUUCCUUGAAGUUGUUCUGUCUUUCAGGGAUAAACACAUAAUACGACACUAUCAGCCUAUAAAUGUUAUAUUAUAUAGCUAUAUAUAACUAUAUAUUAUAGUUAUAUAAUUAGAACUUCAAGUUCAACCUAAUACUUUUUAACACCACAUUUUAUGCCAUGGUAAAAUGUCUGGCAUCAUGACAGAGAGACGUGAUCAUGUGUAAAUCACACAUCAGCAUCAUUUUUAUUUAUGUAUUAAUUUUUCCCCAAGGUUGCAGAGUAUAGUAGUGAUAGCUAAUAACAGUUUAUUCAAAAGAGUUUCAUCAUUUUGGCUAAAUCUGCAAAUUGGCUCACCCUAGUAGUUUUUGUACUGUCCCUACAAACACAAUGCAAAUAUUUCUUGCAGCACAAUACAUUCAAUGCAACUUUGUCCCUGUGUUCAUUGGCCACUGUGAGGCAGUGUUUUAUAAUGCUCCUCUGUAAUUGCAGUAAUGCAAAUUACAAUAUUAUUUCUCUGAGUUAGCGCACUUUGAUAACAUUUCAUUUUAUGAGUAGAAUUUAUUCUGUGAAUAAUUUCACUUCUGUAUGGCAUGUAACAUUAGGAGUUGUGCAAACUGAGCAAGUUUUUGAAAGUAAUUUGCUACUAUAAAUGUUUUGAGUCAUUAAUAAAUGGUUCUUAUGAUAACUCAA